AUGGGCCCUCCUACCAUCCUUUCUAAAGAAGAGGAAGAUCUUUUAGUUAGGUGGCUUCUCGCUAAUGCUAAAAAGGGGUUCCCUAUUAACAAAACAUCUCUUUGUGAAACUGUUUGCGAGAUUAUUAAAAACGAUGAUCGAGUUCACAAAUUUCGUGAUGGAGUGCCUGGCAAAAAGUGGUUUUCAUCAUUUUUAAAACGUCAUCCGGAAAUUACUCAACGACAUGCCGAAUCUAUUAAUGGAGCGCGAGCGUGUGUUACUGAGGCAUCAAUAAGAGCGUGGCAUGCUUCAGUGAGAACAUACCUAAUUGAAGAAAACGCCGAGGAUAUCGUAAGUGAUCCGACGAGAAUUUUAAACUCCGAUGAGUCAGGUUUUGCCACUAACCCAAAGACGGGACUUGUGUUGGGUCCCCGUGGUAUGAAAAACUUUUAUGAAGUGAAAUCUGGAUCUGAAAAAGAAUGUAUCACUUCUUUAUUUACCAUAUCCGCCGAUGGAGAAAUAUACCCUCCUAUGAUUGUUUACCCGUAUGAAAGGAUUCCGGCAGAAAUUGUGAGGAACACAAAUCCUGAGUGGGUCAUUGGUCGUUCAAAAAAGGGCUGGAUGACUAGUGAGACGUUUUUCAGUUACGUGGCCAACACCUUAUUGCCCCAGUUACGAAACAAGGGUAUAAAGUUACCUAUAUUAUACAUACUCGAUGGGCACAAAUCGCACUUAACUUAUUGCUUAAGCAAAUUUUGUGGUGAAAAUGGCAUUUUCCUGUAUGCUCUUCUUCCAAAUGCAACACACAUUUUACAGCCUGCCGACGUGUCGUUGUUUUUUCCAUUAAAAUGUAAAUGGAAAAAUGUUGUUUCUGAGUGGAAAAAAAGCAACAACAACAAAAUAGUGAAUAAGGCCACUUUUCCAAUUUUGUUGGAAAAAUCAGUGCAGCAAAUUAGUUUAGAGACCGUAAAAAAUGGGUUUCGGAAGUGUGGCUUAUAUCCUUUUGAUGUUGAGGCGGUGGAUUUUUCAAAAUGUAUGCGCGAUUCUUCGCGGAUCUUGGGAGACUCCACCAAAAAUGAAACCACCAAACCAACCACUUUUGAUGUACCUCAUUUUCUGUAUUUCGACUCACUUAUAUCAAGUGAAAGGCGAGAACAGUUUAAACAAGCAGAAGCGGGAGAAUGGAUCGGUGAUGAAUCAGCGAAAGAGUUAUAUUACGUUUGGAGAAAAUUGAAAAAGAGGUGCCAGGAUCAAAAAACAGAGAACAUACUAUUAGAUACAGAAAACCAAGAAACUCGCCAAAAAACUAGUGAUACUGAAUUGGAAAAUAACAUAGAGACUACAAAUCAAGAAACAGAAUACCAAGAAACUAGUAAUACUGAAUUGGAAGAUAUCAUAGAGACCACAAAUCAAGAAGCAGGGUACAAUAAAUAUUGUGAUGCGACUAAUAACAUUUUGAUCGAACGCGAAGAAGAUGCAGCCAAAGAACAAAAACGGGUUAUAAUUCACAGCGAUAUUACUUUAAAACUUCCAGUAUUACAAUCAGGAACAAAAAAAGUUAGCGCUGCCUUCCUGGAUCAUAUUUUUUGGCCCGAAGAAUCACCCGAAAAAAAAGAGAUAAGUAAGAAGGAAAAGCUGCCUUAUGCAACAACAUCACGUAAAUGGUUACAGUUCCAUGAAGAAAAAGAAACAAUCAAAAAGGAAAAAGAAAGAGCAAAGAAAGAAAAGGCUUCAUUAAGAAAACGGAAACAAGAGGAAAAAGCCAAAGAAGCUGAAAUCAAAAAAUCAAAGGCAUCUAAAAUUAAGAAAAGGAGAAACAAAAUCAAUGAUCUCAAUAGCUCAGAAAGUGAGGAAGAGGAAUGGCAAGAGAGUGGCUCGAGUAUGGAUGAUGUAUCAUCAGAACACUACAGCAGUGACAAUGAAAAUGAAGACCCUAAUGUGUCUAAAAAACUCAAGCAAGAUAUUAAAAUUGGUGACUUUUAUGUUGUUGCAUUUCCAGGAAAGAAAAAGUAUCAUAACUAUGUUUGCUCUGUGCAAAAUAUGUAUGGCUGCGAAUAUGAAGUACAAGCGUUUACGCCUGUAGAAGAAAGUAACACGUUGUUUAACGUCAUAGAAAAUGACAUCAGUAUUGUAAAUGUUGACCAGUUUGUUAAAAAACUGGAUACACCGGAUGUUAUAAUCAGUGGAAAUCGAACCAAAUUUAAGUUCGCGAAAGAUGUCUUUUGAAUAUUAAUUUGGAAACAUAUUUGAGGAAUAAAUGUUUUAUCGUUUAACAGUGGUUUUACUUACUCUAUUUUA